UCCAAGGGGGAGAGAGUGGAGGACCACUUCGCGACCGACGAGGGUUGUUGUUGUUUUUAUGCUUCUCCGUCCUCCCAUGCGCUGUUUGUUUGCACUCCUGUGCGCACGGGGGCUGCUGAAUGGUGCGUCCGGUCCGGCUCGGCUCGGCGUGCUGCAGGAGACCCGCUCGGAGCGAGGACGCAGCGGGGACGCGCUCAAGCGGAGGCAUUUGUUUGAAGAACUGAGGAUCCCUGCAAUGGAUUGAGCCGCUGCACAAACUCUCCAAAACUUUAGUGGAGAACUUUUUUUUUCUUUCCUCCUGCCGUGCCUUGCUUUUUUCUGUUUUUUUUUUCUCUUCCACUUUUCGGUUUUAUUUUUUUCAUCCCCAUCAUGUACGGAUAACGGAGGUUUCGCUCGGGAAUCCGGCUCAAAUGGAUCAGCGCUGACGGGUUUAUGGAGCCGGGAUUACACAGCGCUGUGCCAGCCUGUUGAACGCCCACACACGGGCCUAUCGCACACCAUCUGCCUCGGAAUAAAAGACACACACUCUCCCUGGUAGCGGCGCACAACUUUCUCCAUGACACUGCUGUGAGAUUCGCCGCCAUAACAAUGGCAAGCUGUGGCGCACCGCUCCGGAGCGUCUGCAGACCCGCCUGGCCCCUCGGCUGCGUGCUCCUGUGUCUUGCCUGCUUCUCCCUGGCUUCCCCGUCCCACGGCCGGCGGCUCAUCUGCUGGCAAGCCAUCAUGAACUGCCAGGCCGAGUCCGCCUGCAAUUACGCGUACGACCACUACAUCCGUGCGUGCGGCCCCGUGCUGAACGGGGACAGGAAGGAGUGUCCCAGCCACUGCAUCUCGUCGCUCGUGCAGCUCAACCUGACCAAGAGCGGCCCGGCGCUGGAGGACUGCAGCUGUGGCCAAGACUCGAUCUGCACGCGCACCAAGCGGGCCAUCGAGCCCUGCCUGCCCAGGACUACCAGCACCGGGUGCACGGAGGCGCGGCACCAGUGCCAGAGGGACCCGCAGUGCAGCUCCGCCAUGCACGACUAUCUCAACCACUGCGGGAAACUUUUUAACGGGGCGGUGUGCACGAACGCCUGCAGGAACGUGAUCGCCAACAUGCGUAAAAUCCCGAAGGGUCAGCAGCUGGACACUUGCAUGUGCGACGGCACGGAGCGGGCCAUCUGCGAGUUCGUGAAGAGCAGCAUGAAGGAGCUGUGCUUCGACUACCCGGACAGGUACGAGGCCAGCGGCUCCGACGAAGAGUACGACGAUGACUUCUUGGAGCCGGACGACCCGGCGGAGCCGGAUAACGGAGCCUCGCUCCCCGCAGCCCGCUGCGCUUUGACCCUGCUGGCAUCCAUUUUGGCUCUGUUACCCUUCUUUUAAUCCCUGGGUUCAUAAACUGGCCCGGCUAUUGUCCGAAUAAAAGGCAAUCCAAACUUUUGUCACUCAUUGACCUUCCACCAUUGUGUGGAGUUCGACCCUCAAAGAUUAAAGGGGGGGCUGCUCUGGCGCGCACGGGCCUUCUGUGAAACGCUUUUUUUCAGGCCCAGAAAGGUGUCAGAUGAUGAAAACUUCUAUGCAAACAAGACCAGAAAGACAUCUGAAGUGUCUUGAACACCAGGACUUGUUCUCUCUUAUCAAACCACAGCACUUCAGGGCUCUGCAGAUACUUUGCUUCUGUGAUAAGCUAAAUCGGAUCGUCUUCCUCUCCCUGUUGCAGACUGUGAUAGGAAACCCAUCAGGACACAAACACAGUGGACUUGUUUUGGUUACAACGCAGCUUCAUUAGUAUAAUCACAUAUAUGCUGUGCACUGCCAAUCCUUUUUUUUUAAGCUAUGAACUAUUUUUCUAUGACAGGCUGUUGCCAUCCGGCACCAGGCACCCUGAUUUACAAGUAUUUAAUGUUGGAAUCCAUGAACUUGUACAUAUAUUAGGACUUUUAAAGUGAAACAGUAAUUUAUUACGUGCCAUCUAGUUACAUCCAAAUAGUCAUCAUGUGAAUAAAGACUGAGAAUUCCAGCUUUAAAGGGAAGUUGCUUUGACUGAAGAUAAUGUACAUUCAUUGUAUAUAUGUGUAUAGUCUAUAUAGAAUUUUUUUUUCAGAGAAUCCUUUAUGUUUUAGGCUAUGAGAUGAUUUAUUCACUGUGUAUAGCCUAGAGAAAGAAAUGUCUAAAUCCACUGUAUGAUUGCCUUAAUAACAUACCUUUAUAGAAGGCAUAAAGGAAACUUGAAGAUGUCA